AUGAAGCAAAAGCUGCGACUUGUGACGUGGAAUGUCAAUGGACUGCGCGCAGUUUUGCUGCGUUUGGGACAGCGUCUGCCGCAGCUUCUCGAGAGUUUCGAGGCGGAUAUUGUGUGUCUCCAAGAGACGAAACUAACGCGCUCGGAGCUCGACGAAGAGCUCGUGCGGCCUGUAGGAUUUGACGCCUUCUACUCCUUCUGCCGGUAUCGCGGAGGGUACUCUGGUGUCGUGACCUUUGUCAAGCGUGACCUGCCCACUGUAGCAGCCGAAGAAGGGCUGACAGGUCUUUGGCGAACGAAAACCAGCGUGGGACACCUUGGGACUCUGCAUAAGGAGCUGUCGCCGAAACUCGUGCAGGAGUUGGAAUCUGAGGGCCGCUGUCUGAUCACCGAUCAUCAAGCUUUUGUGCUAUUGAACACGUACUGUCCAGCACUGGCAUCUACGGACCGGUUGGAGUACAAGCUUUACUUUCAUGCAUUGCUAGAAGAUCGGGUCAAGGCUUUACAAAAGGCAAACAAGUGCGUUGUUGUCGUGGGUGAUAUCAACAUUGCGCACCGCCAGAUUGAUCACUGUGACCCAAACACGCAUCGGUCGAAGGGCGCAUCUUUCGCGGAUCAUCCGUGCAGAAGGUGGAUGGACUCUUUUCUUGGACAAACACAGGAGUCGGAUCAGUCAGCCUCGUCGGUUGCUGGUUGUAACAAAACGAACCAGGCGUCUACUCUUACAAUGGUCGAUGUUUUUCGGCAUCUACACCCUUAUCGAGCCAAGGCUUUUACGUGCUGGAACACCGUGACGGGAGCACGUCGAACAAAUUACGGGACCCGGAUUGACUAUAUCUUCGUAGAUCCUGUUUUCCUUACUUGCGUAACUUCGUGCAGUCUCGACCCGGAGCGUCUGGGAUCGGACCAUUGCCCAGUGGUCAUGUCUUGCGUUGUGCAAUUCAACACUGAUCAGUUCGACAAUGAUCGCGUAGUUGUUGCAGCACUUUGCGCCAAAAACUUUGUCGAGUUCUCAGGCACGCAGCAGAGUAUCCAGGCGUUUGUUGUACGAAGUCCACCUGUACCAGACAACCAACAUGGUGGAAAUGACUCGAACGCAUUCGUACGAGCCUCUGGUUUCGGGAAGCAAUCUAAAAAGCAGACAAAUUGUGGCCAGCGGUCGAUUACCGCCUACUUUAAUCAUGCCGUGGCGGAGCAAACGAUGACUUCGCAUCAUGAGUGUUACGGUAGUGAAGAGGGGCGAUCUGUAGACCAAAUGCUUGCUGUACAAUCAGCAAAGCGCAAACGGGUCGAAGAAGGGAGGCUGGAAUGGCGGCAUGUUCUAAGUGGACGACCGUCACCGACACCGAUGUGUCACUGCGGUCAGCCCACUGUGCUGCGGUCAGUCGUGAAGGCAAACGAAAAUUGGGGCCGCAAAUUUUACGUCUGCACUAAACCAGCGGGUGAGAAAAGCAAUCCGGACGCGCGAUGUGACUUCUUCAAGUGGGCUAACGAUAAAGAGGCGAAGAAGUCAAAGACGCAGUAG